CACCAGGGCGACCAGUAAAACGGGAGGCGUAAUAGAAGGGCGGGAGAGGGACGAGCACGAGCGCGGGAAAAGGUGACCGGCCACGGGGGGCGCGAUGAUCGCCGACAGGCCGUCGCCGGCGGGGGCGGGGGCGGGGGAGGCGGCGGCCGUCGAGCCCGUGUCGACGCCGCUGCUGCGGCGGAGGGGGUCAUACACGAGGUGCAUGUCGCACGCGCGCGACGAGCUCGGCAGCUUCCGGUCGUGCCUGCGGUGGAUGUGCGUCGAGCACUCGGACGGCUCCGGCGCCGCGGCGUCGUGGCUGGUGUUCGCGCUCCUCGCCGUGGCCGUCCCCGUGGCCGCGCGCGCGGCGCUGCCGCGCCGCGCCUACGACGCGCAGGUGCAGGCGUCGCUCACCCUCUCCGCGGCGCUCGCCUACGUCACGCUGUCCAGGCUCGUCCGGCGCCGCGGCCUGCGGCGGCUGCUCUACCUGGACAGGCUCCGGCACGACUCCCAGGACGUCCGCGCCGGGUACACCGUCCAGCUUGCCGGGUCCUUCAACCUCCUCGCCUGCUUCGUCCUCCCCUGCUUCCUCGCCGACGCCGCCUACAAGGUGUACUGGUACUGCGCCAACCGGCCCUUCCCACUGUGGUGGUCCGCCGCCGCGUGCGCGCUGGAGAUGGCGUCGUGGAUGUACCGCACGGCCAUGUUCUUCAUGGCGUGCGUGCUGUUCCGGAUCAUAUGCUUCCUGCAGAUCCUGCGCAUGACGGGGUUCGCCCGGGACUUCGGCCAGUGCGCCGACGUCGCCGCCGUGCUGCGGCAGCACCGCCGCAUCCGCGAGCAGCUCCGGCGGAUCAGCCACCGCUACCGCAAGUUCAUCGUGUCCUGCCUCCUCCUCGUCACGGCCAGCCAGUUCUCCGCUCUGCUCGCCGCCACCAGGCCCCACGCUCAGGUCAACAUCGCCACCUCCGGCGAGCUCGCGCUGUGCUCCAUGAGCCUCGUGACAGGGCUGCUCAUCUGCCUCCACAGCGCGGCCAAGAUCACGCACAAGACGCAGGCGAUCACCAGCGUCGCGGCGCAGUGGCACGCCGACGCCACCAUCAACAGCCAGGACCGUGACCACGAGAACCCCAGGACGCCCAGCAAGGCGUCCGCCAACCACUUCCACGCGGCGAGCCCCGUCGUCGUCGUCCCCCCGGGCGCCUCCUCCUCCGGCGACGAGUCCGACGACGGGUCGGCCCGGAGCGACGACGACGCCCUCGACGGCGCCAAGUUCGUGUCGUUCCACGCCACCAACAUCUCCUUCCAGAAGAGGCAGGCUCUAGUGACCUACCUGGAGAACAACCGGGCGGGGAUCACGGUGUUCGGCUUCGUCGUCGACCGGACAUGGCUCCACGCGCUCUUCAUGAUCGAGUUCUCGCUUGUCAUGUGGCUGCUAGGAAAGACAAUCGGGAUAUCCUAAUCAAGGGCAACUAAUUGAAAACUGUGUAUAUGAUCCAGCGAUAGCUCACCGUCGAUGCAUGUACCUGGUGUGAUGUGUAGUGUAGAGUUCGUGACAUCUGAAUGUGUAAAUCACGCGGACAUAUAUGAGAAACCGUGUAAUAGUGCUCAUGAUGGUGCCGGAACUACUUGAUG